AUGAAUAACUAUGGCCUUUUGUGCGUCAUCUACCUCACCUUCGGUGCCUUCUUCUAUGGAUAUGACUCUGGGUUGACAACGUCCGUCAUUGGGUACCCUCGUUUCAUCACGUAUUUUGGCUUCGAUGCGACACUCAUCGGUGUUCUCGGGUCGAUUUACUACUCUGGCCUCUUCCUCGGUGGACUGGCCAUGCUCUACAUUCCCAACAAGAUAGGAAGACUCCGGACCAUUAUUCUUGCAAGCAUUAUUGCGCUAGCUGGAAAUGCCAUGCAAGCGGGGGCACAAAGUCUCGCUGUCAUGUUAGUCGGUCGUGGCAUCGGAGGUUUUGCUGGCGGUCUUGUUUACGCCGUCUGUCCCACAUACGCAGCUGAGAUUGCUCCUCCUCACGUUCGAGGACGCAUUGGUGGCUUAUACGCCAUUAAUAUCUCUCUGGCUUAUGCGAUUACUGAGUGGAUGGGUCUUGGAUUUUCCUACAUCGAAAGCGAUGUUGCCUGGCGUCUGUUUUUUGGCCUCCAGGUCGUUCCGCCCAUUAUCAUGCUUAUUGGAGCUAUCUGGAUGCCCGAAAGUCCACGCUGGUUGAUCAUGAAAGGCCGACACGAGGAAGCUCUAGUGAUACUCCGACGCAUGCACCAAACUUCGGAUGACGAUACGUUCUUCAUGAGCGAGUUCAACCAAAUUCGAGCCCAGCUCCAGCUUGAAGCAGACCAGAAAGACAACUUGUUCACGAUCCUCAAGCGCCCGUCCAACCGCAAACGUCUCUAUAUUGCAUUUAUCCUGUGCACGGGACAGCAGCUAACUGGCGUCAUUCCACUCCAGAACUACCAGGUGAUUGUCUAUGGUAGCCUAGGAAUCUCCGGUAAGCUGCCGCUUGUCCUUGUCGGCAUCUGGGGUACAGUUGGUGUCCUCUCCAACAUACCCGGUGCUUGGUUUUUCGACAAAUGGGGCCGCCGCAGGAUGAUGUUUAUCGCCUUGGGUAUCAUCAUACCGUCAUCCAUCCUUCUCUGCGCGUUCUGGGCCUCCUUUGAAAAUACGAACAACCUUAAUAAGACUUACGGAAUUUUGGCUGUCGUCGCCAUGUUUCUCUUCCUCGUUGGAUAUGGCGUCAUCUUCAACAGUUUUGUCUUUACCUACAUCCCGGAAAUCCUACCUACCCCCGUUCGAGCAGUCCUGGGAGGCACCAUCACUGCCUGGGGUAGUGCAUUCGUCAUCUGCCUCGUCCAGGUCACGCCGAUUGCCAUCGAACAUAUCAGCUGGAAAUACUUUAUGAUCUUUGUGAUCUGCACCGCUUUGUACACAGUAAUCUUCUACUUCUACUUCCCCGAGACUGCAAACAAAACUCUCGAAGAGGUUGAGGAGUUGUUCGGAGAUCCAGUGGCCAUCCACAUUGAAGACGCCGCAAGACAGGCUGAGCUGGACCAAGUCUCUUAUUUGAAGGAGCGGGAGAAGAGCGCUUCUGUUGAAGAGAUUGAAAGGGGCUCGUCAACUCCUUGA